AAAAAACGCAUGUCUUAUAUUCUAAAGUUGGGGAGCCAGAAGGACAAAAUAUCCUAGAAGAGUUAGGAGGAUUUUUAACCGAUAAAUUCGAAAAAGCGGGGUAUUUAAAGAAAGAAAAUCGGCCACUAAAGUUGCAUGCUACUCUUAUAAACACCAGGCAUAGAAAUAAUGGUGUCGUAGCAUCUAAUCAUGACAACAGACAAGGAGAACCGGUCAGAAUUCCCUUCAAUGCAACACCUAUUUUUAAUAAAUUUUCCAAUAUAGAAUUUGGAACUUGUCGAAUCGAAAGUAUACAUAUUUCAAAAGUUGGUGAAUAUGAUGAACGUGGAAGACAUCAUAGUGAAGGUGGCAUUAAAUUGCCUUAG